AUGGGAUGCAAGAGCUCAAAGGCGAAGGAGCCGACCGCGCGGCCAGCCACCAAGAAGCAAGAUAACGCGCCCACCCCCACCAAUCCCAGCGAACCCGUGGUCGCCCCAACCGAGCAACACGCGAAGCAGCCUGUGGAUACGAAAAAGCUGGAGGUGGUGGCCCCCGUGGGUCGUGCCGGCAACAGCGAGGCGGUCGACACCGGAUCACCGGCCGGGCCGCCGAAGGUAGUUGCAGGCCAAGGCGGCAGCGACACCAGGCGGGCGACAUCAAACACCACCUCAAAGCAGGAGCUGGAUGACGAAGGCAAUCCGCUGCUUCUACCGAACGGUGAUUGGGUAAGGACGGAGGGCACGCCGUUUUACUAUUCGGAGAAGGAGAACUUGUACUUCCACCCGCCCAGCUGCCAGUUCUACGACCCGACAAACGAGAUGUGGUACGACCCGGAGAAGGACGAGUGGUACUACGACGAAGAAAACGAGGCGCAUACGUAG